GCGGUCUCGCCGAGAGCCGAAGAUGGCAGUGAAUGUAUACUCGACAUCAGUGACCAGUGAUAACUUAAGUCGACAUGACAUGCUGGCUUGGAUCAACGAGUCUCUGCAGUUGAAUUUGACAAAAAUCGAACAGUUGUGCUCAGGAGCUGCCUAUUGUCAGUUUAUGGACAUGCUGUUCCCUGGCUCCAUUGCUUUGAAGAAAGUGAAAUUCCAAGCUAAGUUAGAACAUGAAUACAUCCAGAACUUCAAAAUACUGCAAGCAGGUUUUAAGAGAAUGGGUGUUGACAAAAUAAUUCCUGUGGACAAAUUAGUGAAAGGAAAGUUUCAGGACAAUUUUGAAUUUGUUCAGUGGUUCAAGAAGUUUUUUGAUGCAAACUAUGAUGGAAAAGACUAUGAUCCUGUAGCUGCUAGACAAGGUCAAGAAACGGCAGUGGCUCCCUCCCUUGUUGCUCCAGCUCUCAAUAAACCAAAGAAACCUCUCAGCUCCAGCAGUGCAGCUCCACAGAGGCCCAUUUCAACACAGAGAACUACUGUAAUGCCUAAGGCUGGCCCAGGUGUGGUGAGAAAGAAUCCUGGUGUGGGCAAUGGGGAAGAUGAAGCAGCUGAAUUGAUGCAGCAGGUCAACGUAUUGAAACUUACCGUCGAAGACUUGGAGAAGGAGAGAGAUUUCUAUUUUGGAAAACUAAGGAACAUUGAAUUGAUUUGUCAGGAGAAUGAGGGGAAAAACGAUCCUGUAUUGCAGAGGAUUGUGGACAUUCUCUAUGCCACAGACGAAGGCUUUGUGAUACCUGAUGAAGGGGGCCCCCAGGAGGAACAAGAAGAGUAUUAACAGCCUGGACCAGCAGAACAACAUCCGAAUUCUUCACUCCAAAUCAUGUACUUAACUGUAAAAUACUCCCUUUUGUUAUUCUUAGAGGACUCACUGGUUUCUUUUCAUAAGCAAAAAGUACCUCUUCUUAAAAAGUGCACUUUGCAGAAGUUUCACUCGUUUUCCAUUAAAUAUGAGUUAGGAGCUUUUAUCUUGUAGCAGAGCAGUAUUAACAUCUGGUUGGUUCACCUAGGGAACAAAGAGGCUGACCCUGGGGCUCACUGUUUGGUUGCUGGAAACGCUGAUUGCUGGAGAAGGUAUUUUUAUGUAAUUCAUUGAAGUGGAGACUUCAGUAGAGAAAUGGAAAGACUGAAUUGAAUUUUAAGCUAAUGUGAAAUCUUGGCAAAGAACGUUUUAAUAAAUAAAUGCCUUAAGAGUAUUUAAAAGAUGCUUCCAUAUUUCAAAAUAUUAAAUGUUACAUGACAGA